UUUAUAUUUAGUCAGCCGUUAAUAUUUGCUUUGGUUUGGUGUCGCAGUUCGCAAUAAUUUAGCGCUUUUCAUAUCAUGGCAUGUGCUUCGGGGGGUAAAGACCCCCCUGAUAGAAACGAUCGUAUCGUAGUUAAUAAUCCGAUAGUGUUUGCAAAUGAUUUUGAUUCCUUUCAAGCUCAACUAAACUUGUCCCAAGCUUCUACCUCCUCUAGCAGUGGUUAUUCAUCAGCCUUGACGCUUUCGCCUUUAGCUAAGAAAACAGCACAUGCUAUCGCUCAGCAUCAAUACUUCUUAGUACCCACUAAGGAGGAAAUAGAUUUAUUGGAGACAGAGUUACAAAAGCUUAAAUCUGUCUUCGUGGAAGAUCAGGAUGCCCUAAACGAAAUUGCAAGAAUUUCAGUCAACAUAAGGAGAACACUUAACCGAAAGUAUAAGUAUGAACUUACAGACCAGGGACCAUUUCUUAUCAUAAUGGAGGGAAUAACUUCUCAAGUUGGAAACAUUCACCCGAUGAAUAUUGGAAAAAUUUUGCACAGAGCUGGAGUACAAGGUAUAACAAAAAUCAAUAGAAAAGGGGCUAAUAAAAUUGGAAUUGAAUUCAGAACAUCAGAGUAUGCUAAUCAGUUUUUGUCAAAUGAAAGUUUCAGUUCUGCUAGAGGCUAUAAUAGGUACAUUCCACAACGUCUUGUCACUUGUAGAGGACUAAUCAAGGAUGUAGGGGACCAAAUUACGGAAGAGGAUUUUUACUCAGAAGCGGUAGCUUAUACAGGAGAAGGAUCCCGGGCCAGGUUGAUUAAGAUAUUAAAUGUAAAAAGAGUCUUAAGAAGGAAGAAAAUACUUGCUAUUUCUGGUGAAACAGUAAUGAAAACCAUCCCCACAAACGAUUAUAUUGUAACAUUUGAAGGCAAAUCAUUACCCCAAACUGUAAAUAUUUUUAAUAAUGAAAGAGAAGUGGAAAAAUAUGUUAACCCGGUUAUAAUGUGCGUCAAUUGUUGCAGAUUUGGACAUGUCAAAAAUAAUUGUAGAGGCAAGCCUCGUUGCGGUUUUUGUACAGAAGAUCAUCUUAUGUUUGUUUGUCAAAAAAGAGAGCAAGCAAUGAAAAAAAUGAAAUGCCCUGCAGAUCAUCUUAACAAUCUGACUAAAACGUGUAAAAUUCCAAAUUGUGAAGUAAAUCCAAAACCAAGCUGCGUAAAUUGCAAGGGACACCACACUGCUACUGACUGGGGAUGUCCCGAAUACAAACGGCAAAAACAAAUUAACGAAACCAUGAGCUUCUACAACCUUUCUUUUUAUGAAGCAGCUAAACUGCAUCCACGGCUAAUUAAUGCAAACCAAGGCUUUACCCGAAAACCAGAAGAUUUUCCUAGUUUAAAUAAAAAAACUCAGAAUAAACCUCCUCAUCCAACAAGUCCUCAGGGCUGUUCCUCAUAUACAUCAGUACUUAAAAGAAAACGGCCUGACACCCAAUUUACCAAAGGGUAUGAUAAAGUAGCCCAUGAACUAACUUUGUUACCCUCAAGUGCAAGAAGAAAAGUCUCAUCUAUACAAGUAGUUGAAAACUCGACAUCAGAGUCGGAAAUGGAAGUAACUCCUGUAGGAAAUGGCUGGGAAGAAGUAUGCAACAAGUUUGAAGCUUUCAAAAAAGACGUUAUGUCAAUAAAGGGUAUGGAUGAAAAUUGUGUCAACAAUAUCAAACAAUAUUUUGGUUCAUUUGACCUACGGAGGGGGGGCGGCUGCGAUGGCAGCGGUUGACCUACAGGGGUUAGAAAAAGCAAAGGUAAUCUUAUCACUAGUUUUAAUCUAACAGUAGUUUUUACGUAACAAAACUAAGUUUAAGUUUUAGUCACAAGCGUUUUAUAGUUGAGCUAUAAUGAAUAUCGUUCACUGGAACAUUUGCGGGGCUGAAAAAAAUAAAGAUGCUAUCAUUAGAGUUAUAAGGGAUUUUAAGCUACAGAUCUUAUUGCUCAAUGAAACCUUGCUCAAACCCAACACUAACUUUAAAAUAUCAGGGUUCUCUUCUGUAAGAGCAGAUAAACCUAAUGGUGCAGAUGGUAUAGCAAUUUUCUUGAAAAACAAAAUAAAAUAUAAUAUCAUCGACUUAAGCAGAAUUAAUAUACCAGAGAGGUGUCAGGUUAUUCUUGUAGAGCUUGUCGAUUUUUUUAUUUGUUGUGUUUACAACCCUCCAGAUAUUUGUUUGGUCAGGGCAAGCCUCGAUUCAAUUUUCGAUCUAACCCGUAAUAAACCCGUCCUCGUUAUGGGAGACUUUAAUGCCCAUAAUCCAAUAUGGGGUUCCCAGGUCAGUUACUCACGGGGAAUUAGAAGUGGGAACAUUCUUUAUGAUUUCAUUAAGGAUCACGAUUUGUGGGUACUAAACGAUGGAUCAGCUACUCGGCUCACACGCCCAGGCGUACACAGCGCUCCAGAUGUAGCUUUUUGCUCCCAGAGACUGUCUGGACUUACUGACUGCAGGGUUCUCCAGGAUAGAGUGAAUAGCGAUCAUUUUCCUAUUUUGUGUAUCAUCGGAAAUAACCGUUGCAACUCAGGUUCGACAAGAAACUACACUAGCAAAUAUAAUUUCAACAAGGCAGACUGGGAGAAAUUUUCUGAUUUAAUCUCCACGAAAUUUAGAACUUCACCUCCUAUAAAUUAUGAGGAUUUUAUGAAUAUAAUUUUCCUAUCUAUUGCAGAAUCUGUUCCAAUGCAUAAACACUCAUUAAACUACGGGUUACCUUGGUGGGAUAAUGAGUGCACCAACGCUAUUAAAAGGAAAAGACAAGCAUUCAGAGACUAUAAAAACAACCCCUCUGAGACCAACUUCCUGGAAUCAUUAAGAACCCGGGCACAAACAAGACAGCUGCUACGUAAGAAGAAAAAGGAAGGCUUUGUCAACUUUUGUGAGAAUCUAUCUCCAAAUACUAGUGCAAAAGAAGUUUGGAGCAGUAUUAGAAGGUUUGCUAAAGCCGUCCAGUAGGAUGAUGGUAUCACCCAGACCCUCUUUACGGAGGCAUCCUUCAUGGAAAUAGUUUAUUGCACACCACUACCGUGAAGCUGGCCGAAUUGCCUUAGCAGCAGUGGCUAAAUAAAGCGUAAAUAAAAAAAAAAAAAAAAAAAUCAGAUGUUGGAGUUUAAUACAUUUUGUAUUUGCGUUUCCAAGUAAUGUCCUCAUUUUCCGAUUAUUUUGAAAAUUCUUCGAUUUUCAAGAGUGUCUUAUUUUAUUUAAACGCGCUUCAGAUAUACGUUCACGAUUCAUUCGUUGUUUUGCGCGAACCUGACCAACUGACAUCAGAUCUUACAAACUUCAGCGAGUUUCAGUGCACGUUACUGAAAGUUUUUUCGGGCAUACUUGGUUUUAAUCUGUUGCUAAUAUUUAUCGCUUGGAAAUACUAUGGACUUGAUAUCUACCAACGCUUUAUAAAACCCACUAGUAUUCACGAAAUCGAAGAGCUGAAAGCCAGUGUUUCAAAAUUGGCACUUCCCAAAGAACAUACGCCUCGAAUAUAAACCAUUAUGGCAGAAAAAAUUAAAAAGUUUUUUCAAAAAAAGAAAGCAGAUGCCAAAUUUAAACUUGCUGGACCUGGUCAUAAACUGAACGAAUCUUCAUCGACCUCUGUAGUGCCACCUCAAAAAAUAAAUACUUCAGUUCCGAAACGAGGCGAACCAUCCGAUGCAACUCGCCAAGCUGCUGAAGCAGCAUUGGCGAGGUUAAGUAGUCAACGAAAGGACACACCUUUUAAUACAUCUUUAGCAGCAAUUCAAGCACAAGUGAGGCGAGAAUUGGAAGCGGAAAAAAAGAGUGCAGAUUCUAAUUUACCUCAAUUGUCUGUAAACUCUAAACAAACUCAAUUGGAAACAUCUUCCCAUUUAGCUGUAAAAGGUGUUUAUUUCAAGUGUCCUUUAGUUAGUGACGAGGUUUUACCAAAAGAAGAAUGGAAAGUGAAAAUAAAAGAAUUUCUUUUUGAGGCUCUAGAAGAGGAAAGAGGUAUUACAGCAUGUUUAAUAAUACAUUCCUGCAACUACAGUAGAACAAAGGUUAAUGAUUGUGUAAAUAUUCUGAUUCGAUAUAUUGACAAUAUUAUUGGUAACCCUACUGAAACAAAAUUCCACAAAAUUCGUUGUUCAAAUAAGACCUUUACUGAAAAAGUACUUCCAAUUUUGGGAGCCACUGAGUUUCUGUAUGCAGCGGGAUUUCGACAAGCAAAAUUGGAGCAUGAUGGUGUUGAAGAGGAGUUCUGGUUAUGGUCUCUAGAAAAUAUAGAAGGAAUGGAAAAUUUGGAGAAUUUGAGGGAUGCAUUAAAAUCGGAAAACCGCGUGGAAUUAGAACUGGAUAGGAAUCUGCAGGUGCUCUCACCAGCACAAGCAGCAGUAAAAAUUGAACUACCCCAGGAUUUUUACGCCAUCUCCCCUGAAGAAUUGAAGAAGGAACAACAGCUGAGAUCAGAGAUGGCUGAAAAGCAGCUGCAGCUGAGAACAAAAGCGAUGAAGGAAAAAGACGAGCUUCGCGAAAUAAGAAAAUAUAAGUUCUCGUUGAUCAGGAUCAGAUUUCCAGAUGGCCUUUAUUUGCAAGGUACAUUUUUCGUCUACGAAAAAUACGGCGACGUGAUCGAUUUUGUGAAGGAGAACUUGGAACACGAAGGCCUUCCUUUCCUACUGGCAUCUCCUACGGGCCUUAAACUAGAAGAAAAGGAUUACGACAGUUCACUGGCUGAAUUACGACUGGUUCCUGCUACAAUACUCAUAUUCGAGUGGGAUCCUUCAGUGAGCGAAGAAGUAAAAGCCUCCGGUAAUAUUACUUACCUCAAACCCGAAGUUAUGAUGUUGAUGCAAACAAUUUAGUUACUAGAUAUAUAUGAAUUCCAAAGAUUUUUUUCAUCUAUUAAAUUGGGCAUUGCUCAGUUGCAUAUUAAGCUUUUAUUUAUUUAGCGGUUGUUGUGUUUGGCAAAAAUUACAAUAAUAAAACAGUCUCGAUUAAGAAGGUAUUAAUAGAAUUUAAAGAAUUUGAUAGUUGAGCAAAUUUUUUAGUAGCUGGCCCCACAGACAAGGGUUAUAACCACUUUCUAUUUCAAAAUCGUUUCUCAAUUCACUGCUGUGAUAAAUUGCGUUUCAGUUGUCAGAAAUGUAUAUUCCCGGUGUCCCGUAAUUAUCACAUCAGGCCAUAACUUUUUCUAAAAUCAUUUUUUUAAAAAACAUGAUUUGUAGCGCAGUAAGCAGUACCCUAUUUUCAAUCCUGGUGUCUUUUUUGACAGGAGUACCACAAAUGGAAAAAGUAUAAGCAUACGUAGUUUUAUUUCAAGGGAUUUUUUGCAGGUUUUUAUUAAACUUUUGCCUUUAUAAAUUUAAAAAAAAGUUACGACCUGUGAUGUUAAUUAUACUAAAAUUUCCUUAUAGAACCUAUACAACAAAAAUAUUUUAAUCUUUUUUGUGAUCCAACGGUCCACACCAUUAUUUAUUUACACUUAUUGAUAAAUAUUCGUAUUUUUUGCGCCACAUAUUUUCUAAUAAGCACUGCAUUAUAACCGUAGACACAUGCUCAAAAUCUGAACAACCAGUUAAAUGAAAACUAGUUCGAAAAACAAAUAAACCGAGAAGAAGUACAGCAAAAAAAGAGAAAUAUCAGUUUUUUGCUUUUUUCGAUUUUGGGCAUGUAAUAAUUAACGGACGUAUAAAGCAUUUAAAAUGUUUUACAGACUUUUAAAAAGCUCUAAAUGGAAAUGCGUACGGCUAUAUGAAAAUAUAUUCUUUAAUACAA